UAGGAAGAGGAGGGGACGGCUGUCAUCAAUGAAGUCAUAUUCAUAAUCGAGUCCUCGCUCGCUGUUUCUGUACUCUGGGUGACUCAGAGAGGGAAGGGAUUCAGCCAGCACACUCCGCGCGAGCAAGCUUACUGUUAUUCUGUUCACUGGCCCAGGCAGGAGAAGUUGAUGUCCACGCCCACAGACCCUGGCACGAUGCCCCACCCGGGGCCUUCGCCAGGGCCCGGACCCUCCCCAGGACCCAUUCUGGGACCUAGCCCUGGGCCAGGACCAUCCCCAGGUUCCGUCCACAGUAUGAUGGGACCAAGUCCGGGACCUCCAAGUGUCUCACACCCGAUGCCGGCGAUGGGGUCUGCUGACUUCCCACAGGAAGGCAUGCAUCAGAUGCACAAGCCCAUUGAUGGUAUGCACGACAAGGGGAUUGUAGAAGACAUCCACUGUGGCUCCUUGAAGGGCACCGGGAUGCGACCCCCACACCCAGGAAUGGGCCCUCCCCAGAGUCCGAUGGAUCAGCACAGCCAAGGUUAUAUGUCUCCGCACCCAUCUCCACUGGGAGCCCCAGAGCAUGUAUCCAGCCCCAUGUCUGGCGGAGGCCCGACGCCACCCCAGAUGCCACCGAGCCAACAGGGCGCCCUCAUCCCGGGCGAUCCGCAGGCCAUGAGCCAGCCCAACAGAGGCCCCUCGCCUUUCAGUCCUGUCCAGCUGCACCAGCUUCGAGCUCAGAUUUUAGCUUACAAGAUGCUGGCCCGGGGCCAGCCCCUCCCCGAAACACUGCAGCUCGCGGUCCAGGGGAAAAGGACGUUGCCUGGCAUGCAACAACAGCAGCCUCAGCCUCAGCCCCAGCCGCCGCAGCCGCAGCCCCAGCCGCAGCCCCAGCAGCCGGCCCUCGUGAACUACAGCAGACCAGCUGGCCCAGGGCCCGAGCUGAGUGGCCCGAGCGCCCCGCAGAAGCUGCCCGCCCCUGCGCCCAGUGGCCGGCCCUCACCUGCGCCCCCCACCACCGCGCAGCCCCCCGCGGCUGCUGUGCCCGGGCCCUCUGCACCACCGCCCGCCCCGGGGCAGCCCUCGCCCAUCGUGCAGCUGCAGAAGCAGAGCCGCAUCAGCCCCGUCCAGAAGCCGCAGGGCCUGGACCCCGUGGAGAUACUGCAGGAGCGCGAAUACAGACUCCAGGCCCGCAUAGCUCACAGGAUACAAGAGCUGGAAAACCUGCCUGGCUCCCUGCCACCAGAUUUACGAACCAAAGCAACCGUGGAACUGAAGGCACUCCGGUUACUUAAUUUCCAGCGUCAGCUGAGGCAGGAGGUGGUGGCCUGCAUGCGCCGGGACACGACCCUCGAGACGGCUCUCAACUCCAAGGCCUACAAACGGAGCAAGCGCCAGACUCUGAGGGAAGCGCGGAUGACGGAGAAGCUGGAGAAGCAGCAGAAGAUUGAGCAGGAGAGGAAACGGCGGCAGAAGCACCAGGAAUACCUGAACAGUAUUCUGCAACAUGCAAAAGACUUUAAGGAGUACCAUCGGUCUGUGGCUGGGAAGAUCCAGAAGCUUUCGAAAGCCGUGGCGACUUGGCAUGCCAACACUGAAAGGGAGCAGAAGAAAGAGACGGAGCGGAUUGAAAAGGAGAGAAUGCGGAGACUGAUGGCUGAAGAUGAAGAAGGCUAUAGAAAACUGAUUGAUCAAAAGAAAGACAGGCGUCUAGCUUACCUUUUGCAGCAGACAGACGAGUAUGUAGCCAACCUGACCAACCUGGUUUGGGAGCACAAGCAAGCCCAAGCAGCCAAAGAGAAGAAGAAGAGGAGGAGGAGAAAGAAGAAGGCUGAAGAGAACGCAGAGGGAGGGGAGUCAGCCCUGGGGCCAGAUGGAGAGCCCAUAGAUGACAGCAGCCAGAUGAGUGACCUGCCCGUCAAGGUGACCCACACGGAAACUGGAAAGGUCCUCUUCGGACCAGAAGCUCCCAAAGCGAGUCAGCUGGAUGCCUGGUUGGAAAUGAACCCUGGCUAUGAAGUUGCACCUCGGUCUGACAGCGAGGAGAGUGACUCCGACUAUGAGGAGGAGGAUGAGGAAGAAGAGUCCAGUAGGCAGGAAAUGGAAGAGAAAAUCCUUCUGGACCCAAACAGUGAAGAAGUUUCCGAGAAGGACGCUAAGCAGAUCAUCGAGACGGCCAAGCAGGACGUAGAUGAUGAAUACAGCAUGCAGUACAGUGCUCGGGGCUCCCAGUCCUACUACACCGUGGCUCACGCCAUCUCGGAGCGAGUGGAGAAGCAGUCAGCCCUCCUCAUCAACGGGACCCUGAAGCAUUACCAGCUCCAGGGCCUGGAAUGGAUGGUUUCACUGUAUAAUAACAAUCUGAAUGGGAUCUUAGCGGAUGAAAUGGGGCUGGGGAAGACCAUCCAGACUAUCGCACUCAUUACGUAUCUGAUGGAGCACAAAAGACUCAAUGGUCCUUAUCUCAUCAUCGUGCCCCUCUCGACUCUAUCUAACUGGACAUACGAAUUUGACAAAUGGGCUCCUUCUGUGGUGAAAAUUUCCUACAAGGGCACCCCUGCCAUGCGCCGCUCCCUGGUCCCCCAGCUACGGAGUGGCAAAUUCAACGUCCUCUUGACAACUUAUGAGUACAUCAUAAAAGACAAGCACAUUCUUGCCAAGAUCCGGUGGAAAUACAUGAUCGUGGACGAAGGCCACCGCAUGAAGAACCACCACUGCAAGCUGACUCAGGUCUUGAACACUCACUAUGUGGCCCCAAGAAGGGUCCUCCUGACGGGGACCCCGCUGCAGAACAAGCUCCCUGAGCUUUGGGCCCUUCUCAAUUUCCUCCUCCCCACGAUUUUCAAGAGCUGCAGCACCUUCGAGCAGUGGUUCAAUGCCCCAUUUGCCAUGACUGGAGAAAGGGUGGACUUGAAUGAGGAAGAAACUAUACUGAUCAUCCGACGUCUCCAUAAGGUGUUGAGACCCUUUCUGCUGCGGAGACUGAAGAAAGAAGUAGAAUCCCAGCUUCCAGAAAAAGUGGAAUACGUGAUCAAGUGCGACAUGUCAGCUCUGCAGAAGAUUCUGUAUCGCCACAUGCAGGCCAAGGGGAUCCUCCUCACAGACGGUUCUGAGAAAGACAAGAAGGGGAAAGGAGGCGCGAAGACCCUCAUGAACACCAUCAUGCAGCUGAGAAAAAUCUGCAAUCACCCAUAUAUGUUCCAGCACAUCGAGGAAUCCUUUGCUGAACACCUGGGCUAUUCCAGUGGAGUCAUCAAUGGGGCUGAGCUGUACCGGGCCUCGGGAAAGUUUGAGCUGCUGGACCGCAUUCUGCCAAAGUUGAGAGCGACAGGCCACCGCGUGCUGCUCUUCUGCCAGAUGACGUCUCUCAUGACCAUCAUGGAGGACUACUUUGCUUUCCGGAACUUCCUCUACCUGCGCCUCGACGGCACCACCAAGUCGGAAGACCGUGCUGCUCUACUGAAGAAAUUCAACGAACCUGGGUCCCAGUACUUCAUUUUCUUGCUGAGCACAAGAGCUGGAGGCCUGGGCUUGAAUCUGCAGGCGGCCGACACUGUGGUUAUCUUCGACAGCGACUGGAACCCCCACCAGGAUCUGCAGGCGCAGGACCGGGCUCACCGCAUCGGCCAGCAGAACGAGGUGCGCGUGCUGAGGCUGUGCACCGUCAACAGUGUGGAGGAGAAGAUUCUCGCUGCCGCCAAGUACAAGCUGAACGUGGACCAGAAGGUCAUCCAGGCAGGCAUGUUCGACCAGAAGUCUUCGAGCCACGAGCGGCGGGCGUUCCUGCAGGCCAUCUUGGAGCAUGAAGAGGAAAAUGAGGAAGAAGACGAAGUCCCGGAUGAUGAGACUCUGAACCAGAUGAUUGCUCGACGGGAAGAAGAGUUCGACCUUUUCAUGCGUAUGGACAUGGACCGGCGCCGGGAGGACGCGCGGAACCCGAAGCGCAAACCUCGCUUGAUGGAGGAAGACGAGCUGCCCUCCUGGAUCAUAAAAGAUGACGCCGAGGUGGAGAGGCUGACUUGUGAAGAAGAGGAAGAGAAGAUAUUUGGCAGGGGGUCUCGCCAGCGCCGGGACGUGGACUACAGUGACGCCCUCACGGAGAAGCAGUGGCUAAGGGCCAUCGAAGACGGCAAUUUGGAAGAAAUGGAAGAGGAAGUGCGGCUUAAGAAGCGAAAAAGACGAAGAAAUGUGGAUAAAGAGCCCGCCAAGGAAGACGUGGAAAAAGCCAAGAAGAGGAGAGGCCGCCCCCCAGCUGAGAAACUAUCACCUAACCCCCCCAAACUGACAAAGCAGAUGAACGCCAUCAUAGAUACUGUGAUCAACUACAAAGAUAGCACCUUCUAUGAGCUGGAUGCUGUGACAAAACACGUUAUCCCAUUUAAUUGUGGCAUCAACUUUCUAAGGUGUAACGUGGAGAAGGUGCCCAGUAAUUCUCAGUUGGAAAUAGAAGGAAACAGUUCAGGGCGGCAGCUCAGCGAGGUCUUCAUUCAGUUACCUUCGAGGAAAGAAUUACCAGAAUACUAUGAAUUAAUUAGGAAGCCCGUGGAUUUCAAAAAAAUAAAGGAGAGAAUUCGCAAUCACAAGUACCGGAGCCUGGGCGACCUGGAGAAAGAUGUCAUGCUUCUCUGCCACAACGCUCAGACCUUCAACUUGGAGGGCUCCCAGAUCUAUGAAGACUCCAUUGUCUUGCAGUCAGUGUUUAAAAGUGCCCGGCAGAAAAUUGCCAAAGAGGAAGAGAGCGAAGAUGAAACCAAUGAAGAGGAGGAAGAGGAGGACGAAGAGGAAUCUGAGUCUGAGGCAAAAUCUGUUAAGGUGAAAAUCAAGCUCAACAAAAAAGAUGAGAAAGGGCGGGAUAAAGGAAAAGGCAAGAAAAGGCCAAAUCGAGGAAAAGCCAAACCCGUCGUGAGCGAUUUCGACAGUGACGAAGAGCAGGAUGAGAAUGAACAGUCAGAAGCAAGCGCGACUGAUGACGAGUGAUCGCCGGGGAAUUUUUCUUGGUAGAACUGAGUUCUUCCUUCCCCUCUCCCAUUUGAACCCAGUGAGUUCAUUUUGUCAUAGGGUCACUGGGCCAUUUCUAUAUUAUCAUCAUCUAUAAACUAGCUUUAGGAUAGUACCAGACAAACAUAUGUUAUCAUGGUGUAAAAAAGCGCACAUGCGCGCACACACACGCAAAUAUUUGUAACAUAUUGUGACCAAAUGGGCCUCAAAGAUUCAAAGAUUAAAACAAACAAAAAGCUUUUGAUGGAAAAUAUGUGGGUGGAUAGUAUAUUUCUAUGGGUUGGGUCUGAUUUGGUUGUGGUCUGACUGCCUGGUUUUAUCACCUGUUGAGAUGAGAAGAUUUUUGUCUUUUUGUAGCACGGAUAACCAGGAGAAGCCAUUAUAAGCCACUGGUUAUUUUAUUUUUCAUCAGGCAAUUUUCACGGUUUUUCUUUGUUUGGUAUUGUUUUUGUUUUUGUUUUGUUUUUUACACUGUGGUGCAUAUAAGCAACUUUAGUAAGUGGUCAGUGUACAGUAGAUAGAUUUCACCUGCAUAUGUAUUUUUUUUUCCAUUUUUGCUCUAUGAUCUGAAAAAGAAAUGCUUUUUGAAUUGUAUAAGAUUUAUGUCUACUGUAAACAUUGCUUAAUUUUUUUGCUCUUGAUUUAAAAAAAAAAAGUUUUGUUGAAAACGCUAUUGAAUAUGGCAAUCUCUGUAGUGUAUUGGAUGGCUUCCUUUGUCCACCUGAUCUCCUCUGUUACCAAUGUGUAUUGUCUCCGCCUCCCUAAAGUGUACUUAAUCUUUGCUUUCUUUGCACAAAGUCUUUGGUUGCAAGUCAUAAGCCUGAGGCAAAUAAAAUUCCAGUAAUUUCCAAGAAC